ACUCAUGCCGCUCAUCAGCUGCUUGUAGACCGCACUGUUUCCGUGGAGCUGACGGCAAUCUGCUCACGCUACAGGUGAGGUGCCUUUAAACUCUGGACCAAACCAACAGUGCUGAAAAUGAAGAUCUGUGUUGCUUUUAUUGUAGUAGCUGUUCUUCACAUCGCUCAGGCUGUUUGUCCAGAUAAGAUGUCUGGACUGCAACCCUGGACUCCCGGUCACAAUGAAGCCCACAGAGUCACCAUCGGUUACGGCCGCAAAGUCAUCCUCACCUCAUCCACGACCGUCCAUUCCAUCGAGAUCCUCAACGGAGGGAAGCUUGUGAUCGCUGAUUCCAAUCGACCCAUUUUUCUGCGGGCUAAGCACAUCCUCAUCGGGAACAAGGGUGAACUUCACAUCGGCAGUCCAGAAUGCCCUUACAAAGGCAACCUCACAAUCUCUCUCUUUGGCAGGUCUGAUGACACCGAGGUCGAACACAGUUAUUUUGGCCGCAAGUACAUUGGCGUAGGAACCGGAGGAACCUUGGAGAUUCACGGCGAAAAGAAGCUGUCCUGGACGUUCCUGAACAAAACCCUCCAUCCUGGGCAGGGUAAUGAGAACAGCUACCAUUUCGAAAGGAGCUGGGGCAAUAGAGGCAUCAUCAUUCACGUUAUCAACCCCAAGACCGGAGAGGUGCUGCACACUGAUAGGUUUGACACGUAUAGGAGCAAGGACGAGAGCAGACGACUGGCCCAGUAUGUAGACGAGGUGGAAACUGGGCAGAUCUUGGCCAUGGUGGUUAAUGACGAAGGAUCCAACAACCUGGAGGAUCUGGCUAAAAAAGCUCUCACUAAGUUGGGUAGCCAACACUUCCAUCGACUCGGAUUCCGGCAUCCGUGGAGUUUUAUUACAGUCAAAGGGGACACGUCCUCAGCGGUCGAGGAUCAUGCUGUCUAUCAGGGAACCAAGGCUUCGUCUGAGGCCAGGAGCUCUCGGGUGUUUCACUCAGGUUACGGAGAGCAUUUCACCAUCACCACCAUCAGUCAGUGGGUUCAAGAGGCCGAAUGGACUGAAUGGUUUGACCGCGAUGACGAGAGGGGGUCAGGUGACUGGGAGAAACUGACCGACCUCCACAAAGCCUUUCCAGAGCGUCUGUGCAGUAACCCUCUUGAUAUUGAGGCUGAAACUCUUGACGGCAUCCCUGCCAACAUGACAGGAGAAGUCUUCUCCAAGUUUGACAGAAACUAUGGCUUUGUAUGCCUCAACAAAGAGCAGGUGGAUGGGAUUUGCCACAACUACCGCGUGCGUUUCCUGUGCGGCAAACUCGUGCGUCCACAGGCCUCCAUCUCUAUAGACACCUUGUCUAACUGCAGUAUUCUGGAGCUCGCGGACGAACCUCAGGGUUGGACAUUCGGCGACAGGAUUGUGGUGGCAAGCACAGAUUACUCCAUGCACCAGGCUGAGGAGUUCAGCAUCUUGGCUUGUCCUUACUGCAUGAGGAACCAGAUCAAAGUGGAAGGUAAACCUGCGUACCUUCACAUCGGAGAGGAGGUGGACGGUGUGGACAUGCGGGCAGAGGUCGGACUGCUGACUCGCAACAUUUUGAUCAGAGGCGAGAUGGAGCCGACCUGUUACGGCAAUGAAGCCUGCAAGUUCUUCUCAUUCGACACGUUUGGUGGCCAUCUUAAGGCAGAGCGAGGUUUCUUCUCGGUGCAUGUGGAAGGGGUGGAGUUUAAGCACAUGGGGCAGCAGUCUGUGGGUCACUACCCAGUCCACUUCCAUAUGAACGGGGAUGUGGAUGAGAAAGGAGGCUACGACCCGCCAACUUAUGUGAAAGACCUGUCCAUUCAUCACACCUUCUCCCGAUGCGUCACCGUCCAUGGCACCAACGGGCUGCUGGUGAAGGAUGUUGUUGGCUAUGAUGCUUUAGGACACUGUUUCUUCACUGAGGAUGGACCGGAGGAGAGGAACACGUUUGACCAUUGUCUGGGUCUGCUGGUGAAGGCGAGCACACUGCUGCCCUCCGACCGAGAUAGCAAGAUGUGCCGGGACAUAACCAACGGAGCUUAUCCUGGAUACGUGGCCAAACCGCGCCAGGACUGCAGCGCCACCUCCACCUUCUGGAUGGCUAACCCCAAUAACAAUCUCAUCAACUGUGCUGCGGCCGGAUCCGAGGAAACAGGAUUCUGGUUCAUUUUCCACCAUGUCCCCACCGGUCCAUCAGAGGGCAUGUAUUCCCCCGGCAAGUCCGAACAUACACCCAUGGGGCAGUUCAUUAAUAACAGAGCUCAUUCCAAUUACAGGGCGGGGAUGAUCCUCGAUCAUGGAGUAAAGACGACUGAGGCUAAUGCGAAGGACAAGAGACCCUACCUCUCCCUCAUAGGAGCGAGGUACGGCCCACACCAGGAUGCAGACCCCUUCAAACCACGAGUCCCUGCUCUAGUUCACCAUUUUGUGGCCUACAAGAACCAGGACCAUGGUGCAUGGCUGAGAGGAGGAGACGUUUGGCUGGACGAUUGCCAGUUCGCUGAUAAUGGAAUCGGCCUGACUCUCGCCAGUGGAGGAACCUUCCCGGAUGAUGACGGCUCACGUCAGGAGGUGAAGAACUCUCUGUUUGUGGGAGAGAGCGGGAACAGAGGGAUGCCCGACUUGAAUGAUCAAUCCUGGGGUCCGGGCGGCCCCGAUCAUCUCGGCAGGUCUCUGCCCAGAGGAGUGGACUUCCCCAUUCGUGGAAUGCAAAUCUACGACGGGCCGAUCAACAUCCAGAACUGCACUUUCCGCAAAUUCAUCGCUCUCGACGGGCGACACACCAGUGCUUUUGGCUUCCGCCUGAACAACUCGUGGCAGAGCUGCCCGAACAACAACGUCACCGACAUCACCUUCGAUGACGUGCCGAUUACUUCACGCGUGUUCUUUGGUGCACCGGGCCCCUGGUUCAACAAGAUGGAGAUGGACGGCGACAAGACAACCAUUUUCCACGACAUCGACGGCUCGGUGAGCGAAUACCCGGGUGCUUUCCUUGUCAAAGAGGACAACUGGCUCCUGAGACACCCCGACUGCAUUGACAUCCCCGACUGGAGAGCUGCCAUCUGCAGCGGGCACUACGCCCAGAUUUACGUCCAGACCCGAAACCCAGCCAGCCUGAACAUGAAGAUGGUGAAGGAUGAGUAUCCAGACAAGCCUCUGGAGCUGGUUGGUGCUCUGGGAAAGAGGAACCACUACCAGCAAUUCCAGCCUGUGGUCAUGCUGGGUAAAGGAUACACCAUGCACUGGGACCAAGUGGCUCCUGCCGAGGUCACCAUCUGGCUCAUCAACUUCAACAGAAAGGACUGGAUAAACAUGGGCAUCUGCUACCCUAAAGGCACUGAAUUCACCAUAAUCUCCGACAUCCACAACCGCCUCACCAAAGAGACGAGGAAGACCGGGGUGUUCAUGAGGACCACUCACAGAGAAAAGAUGGGCCACUCUCACCAGAUGAGAGGAUAUUACUACUGGGAGGAGGACACUGGGCUGCUCUUCCUUAAAAUCAAAGCACACAAUGAGAAGGAAGACUUGGCGUUCUGCUCGGUGAAGGGCUGUGAAAGAGUGAAGAUCAAAGCGCUGAUUCCCCCCGGCAGCGGCCCCAGUGACUGCAUGGCUGAAGCCUACCCCAGAUACACCGAGAUGCCCGUCGUAGAUGUGCCUAUGCCCAAAAAACUGCCUCGCUCCAAACUGCCUCACACACCGGAGCACUUCCUUGAAGUCAAACUGGAGUCAUAUAACACACGCUUCUUCCACAUCAAAGAGGACUUCGCCUAUACUGAGGUGAAUGGAAAGAAGAUCUACCAAUCAGAAGAUGGCAUUCAUCUGACUGUAAUCGACGGCCACAGCGGUAAAAUCCUGGAGUCUAAAGGCUUCAGGAACUCAAUCCUGAUGGGAAUUCCAGCUCAGCUAGAGAACUACAUCACCAACCUCAAAGACGAUUUGCAGUUUGACAAACUCGCCUUUGUGGGUUUCAAAGGCUCCUUCUGGCCGGACUGGGUGAGGAUGAGUGUUGAUGAAGAGCGGGCCAAACUCCACCAAGUGCUCCCCAUCCCUGUGAUUAAGAUGAUGAAGCUAUGAAGACGAGCGACACACGCCGCAGGACAUCUCAAUCUUGCAGUAGCAGCAUUACUGGACGAGCCCAGCUACAGCCGCACGCCAGGACCAAUCACAGCCCAGCAUGUGUUUAUGUUACCUAGCAACCCCUCCCAGCGGAUUCCAUUGUAUGUGACAACGUGGACGUUGUGAUUUUUGGAUCGUGUCGUCAGUUGCUUAUACUUGUUUCGACGGGAGAAAAACAAGAAAAAAAAACUAAAAACGAUCGCGACAUUCCUUGUUUUUGUCCCUCUCGAUGAUGUUUGCCUGCGUGGUUCAACAUGUUUUUUCAAAAUAUGUACAAAAAAAGGUUUCAGAUUGUAAAUGUCAUGAGGUUUUCUCAUUUUAAUUGUCACGCACAAGAGUUGGUUUCGUUUGUGUUGAACGAGAGAGCCAGCAAAAAAAACAACAACAAUCCGGCCUUAAAGGAACCGGUCACCCAAAAAUGGAAAUUUCACUCAUUUAUUUACACAUCAUGUCAUUUGCUGUAACAACAAACUAAAUUUUCCAAGCAUAACUUCUGAAAGCACCAUACAAGUUCAAGACGUGUGAAAAAAUAUGGACACAAUUCUCAUUUUCCGGUGAACCGUCCCUUUAAAUUUGAAUAGUCAAGAAUGGAUUUGAAUCUGAGCAUUAGUAGAUGUCAGUCUAUCAUAAAAUGAUCAAAUCUGUGAUGAAUUGGCUUUUCUUCCAUUUGGCAAGAAGUACGACAUUGUCCCUUUGCCGAAAUAGCUGGUCUUUUUUCGGAGAUUGUGAUUUGUUAGUGUUUUUGUAUGUUGUGUGUGUUUUUAAAAAAAAAAAA